AGCACGCAGCUCUGUCUCCUCGACCUCCGCACCCCCCUUCCCGCCAAAAAUCAACAACCCUAAACCCCCAUGCCCCCCGCCGCCGCCGGCCAUGCGCCGCCUCCUCCCUCCCCGCCGCUGCCGACCCGCCCGUAGCUCCUCCCACCCGUCCGCGAUGUCCCCCGCCCCCCGCCCGGUCCUCCCCUCCACCUCCACCGCCCCGUCCGCGCCCCUCCUUUUCCCCGCCGCCGCGGGGUCCCUGCGGUUCGGGGGGCGGCGGUUCUCGUCUUCGGCGGCCGGCGGCGGGAGGGAGGCGCGGUUUCCGGCUAGGGAGAGCGUGGAGCUGCUGGGGAUCCCCGGGGUCGGGCCGCGGAACCUAAGGAAGCUCGUCGACGGCGGGUUCACGGAUCUCGCGCGGCUCAAGCAGCUGUACACGGAUAAGCGUGGGUGGGUCUACUGAGAAGAUGGUUCAGUUUUUGCAAAGUUCUGUUGGAAUAAUUCAUAAGAGCCAUGCAGAGAGCAUAGCAUCCUUCGUGAAAGACAAUGUUGUUCGGGAACUGAAAGAGGAGAGUGAGGUGCCUGUCAUGCAACCGGCCAAGGACAGGAGGAUAACCUUUUGUGUUGAGGGAAACAUCAGUGUGGGGAAGUCUACCUUCUUACAGAAGAUUGCUAAUGAGACAGUUGAGCUGCGUGAUCUUGUGGAGAUUGUACCUGAGCCAGUCUCAAAAUGGCAGGAUGUUGGUCCCAACCAUUUCAAUAUUUUGGGCGCCUUUUAUGCUGAACCUCAGAGGUAUGCCUACACAUUUCAAAACUAUGUGUUUGUAACAAGGCUCAUGCAAGAAAAGGAGUCCUGUGGAGGAAUGAAGCCGCUCAGAUUGGUGGAACGGAGCAUCUUCAGUGAUCGAAUGGUGUUUGUUCGUGCUGUUCAUGAAGCUAACUGGUUGAAUGGGAUGGAGCUUAGCAUUUAUGACUCUUGGUUUGACCCUGUGCUGUCAUCUCUUCCUGGCCUUAUCCCUGAUGGAUUUAUCUAUCUUAGAGCUACCCCUGAUACUUGUCACAAGAGAAUGAUGCUUCGAAGUAGAUCUGAAGAAGGAAGUGUCACACUGCAGUAUCUGCAAGAUUUGCAUGAGAAACAUGAAUGCUGGUUACUGCCUUCUCAACAUGGGGAUCACAGACUAUUGUCAGCAAGUCAAUUGCCAUAUAGCAUGGAUCACUCCUUGCACCCAGAUAUUAAAGACAGAGUGUUUUAUCUAGAAGGGAGUCGUGUGCACUCUAGUAUCCAGAAAGUUCCUGCUCUUGUACUGGACUGCGAACCAAAUAUUGAUUUUAGCUGGGAUAUCGAAGCUAAAAGAAAUGGAUGAGCGACAGUCUUCAGGUGUCACGUUGUUACUAAGCAGAGAACAGUAGCUGAUGCUGCAUUCCAUUAGGGAUUUCUGGGACAACGGCGGCCCGUUCAGUGCAUGAGAGCUGAGUGCGUCUGCUAUGUACCCUGCAGAAAGAAAGCAAAGUUAGUUCAGUGGAGACCUCUUGCUCUUUUUCCAGUGGAGGAAGGGUAUGGUUAAUGGCUUUUGCUAUCGACUAAUACAGUAAUACAGAGAACAUUGGUAGCCCUGCUGAGGUCAAUUGCUGGAUGGAGAUCAAGGGUCGCUAUGCCAAUGUUGCAUUUGCAAUGGUGCAUGAAGACAAUGUUCUGAGGAGAAGAUGGGGGAAUGCCCACCUAAUUUAGCAUCUGGGAACAGUGUGAUUGCAACAAACCACAGCAAUUAGUUCCUGAAUCACCAGACACUAGUGGUGUCCGGGUAACGAAUCGAAACAGAAACCUCUCAGUUGAUACAACUUGAUAGCAUGACCCAGAGUAUGAAUAUUUUGACUUGGUCAGCUGAGCAAUUAGGAAAGGAGACGCAGCUGGUUCUGGGAGCAACAUGCAACUAUGCAAGCGAUUGGGUUCCGCAUGUCAAUGACACACUCUAGGUGGCAUUUUGUGAUUCUUUUUUUUCUUCACAUUUUGAAUCAAACAUGUCAAACAACACGGAGUGUUCUCCCAUCACAGUGAAAUGAGAUGAUGUGGACCUCCAGUGUGGCAGAAUGAGAAAUUCCGUAAACUCUAUUAUUUCGAAUGGCAAAGCUAAUCAGUAUUUUGU